AUGAUUGACAGCUUCUCGUCCAUCAAGACGUCGUCGUCGGUAUACUCCGACCGCGACGAUAAAGAGAACCAAGAUCCAAAAAAGAUCUGGAGCUUUGUUAACCCUUAUUCGCAGAGCCUGUGGUUCUUGUCCCGCGGGAACGAGGGCCAGGAGAUCAAAGAUAUGCUGAAGAAAACCGAGGAACUGAACCAAACGGGAAAGACCAUUACGGUAGUUCGUCCACCGGAUAAGAAGUUGCCGCCGUUGCCUGCAAAACUGCUCACAGACUUCCCAACGCCAGUGAGGGAUUCGUUUGAGGACUCCCGAGCCCAGGUGAUUGUUUCGCUUGAACAGCAGUAUAUCCAGGACCUGGACCUGUUGAAUGCAGUGUGCUCGUCGUUUGCCGCUUUCGUGGACGACCACGGCAUCCCUCUAAGCUCUACAGAGAUCACCACGUUGUUCGGUAACGUGAACCUGAUGACCAGUCUUAGUGAGCUGUUGGUCAACAAUUUGCUGUCUAGAUUUCCCCUUGAGCAGACUCUCGACGACCAUUUCACAAGAAUGAUACAGGUAUACCCGUCGUACAUGGCUUUGCACCCAAAACGAAUGGGCAUCUGCCACUCAAUUCUAAAUGACCCCAGAUACAAGCCGUGGGUCGACUCGCUGCAGGGAAUCAACGUGGAGAAACUGGUCGAGGUGCCGUAUCAGAAGAUUGCCCGUCUCAAGGAAACACUCACCACGCUCGAACUGCUGGAAACGUGUCCCAAAUUCCAGAAGCUGCUGGACGUCCGCAGCAGUCUGCCAUCUCCAGUCACCGCACCGGCAGUCCUGCUCCACAUCCCCGAGCUCUGGAAGGAAAAGUACAAGCAGAAAUGGAAAGAGAUCAUGAAAGAGCCAUUCGAGUACCAGCAGCUAGUGUUUUUCCAGCACGAGUUCAAACUGAUCCACCACACGUUCAACCACACAAUCAAGAAAAUGGACCAGAGUCUGAAAUACCAAAAGCAAACAAUGCUAUCGUGCGAGAACAUCGGCACCGUGUUUGUCCACCUGUACAAAGAUCUGCCGGACAACAAUUCCUCGGGCCAGUUGACUCCCAGGUCGCUGUUUUUCAAAGACAGCUUCAUCACGUCGUCGUACGAACUCUACCUCGAAAAAAGCAAGACGCAGUCCAACAUCGUCAACAAGCUCAUGUCCAAGUUCGAGUAUUCGCUCGGCCCAAUGGUGGAGGAAAUGAGUGCCACGAUCGAGCUGGCGAGCCACAAAAUAGCCAAGUUGCAAAAGACGUUCCACAAGAUCGACCGCGACACGAAAAUCAGCAAACUCACCACCAUCUACCAGCUGAACGGCCAAUUGCGAGCGGCAUUGCUGCUGAUUGCCAAGCUGUACGAGAAAUACGUCGCAUCGACACUGCUGGUGUUCCGAGGGAGGUCUGAGUCUGCCGAAAAGAUUGUCGAGAACUACGUCAAUCUGCGGCAGCAAAACAAACAGAUUGCCGUUUCGUCGUCCAACGCCACGUUCGACCAGUCGCUCGCGCUCACCAAAGUCGUGCGACGGCUUUACCAUUGA